UAAACUUUAUAAUGGCAUGGACCCCCACAUAAGUUAUAAUAAACCUUUAGCGGGGGACCCAUUUCCUAAAAUUGAUAUCUGUAAAUUUAGAUUUUGUAUAAAGAAAAAUUUAAACCGUGUAAGAUGUCCUUUAAACAGCCAGCCUAUUUACUUUAUUAAAGACAUGUGACAACUUGUGUGACAUUUGUUUGGUUUUAUUGUGUUCUCUUGUUUACCAAGAGCCUUAAUAAAAAUAUAUGGAAUUUUUGUAAAAUAUAUAACUAUUAGAAAUGCGUGUGAGGGAGAUGUGGACUCAUGAUCCUUUAAAAAAUCUCAUUGGUCGGUCUGGAACGUCCCUUUUUCCUCAUUGGGCGCCUUUAAGCACUUCUCUUUUUUGAUUGGAUCGAGUAUAUGGCGGAAAUUUCCCAUUGGCAUUGACAGGACCGCAUUACUACUUUAUAGCGGCACAAUGCCGAUUAUUUGGAAAUGAAAACAACCUUAACACAUAAAAAUUAAAAUAACACCACGGCUGACAAGAAUGAAUAAUUUUACAACUAUUAAAAAUCCAAGUGAUAUAUAAUGCGCAAAUAGUCGCCCCGGGCCUCGCGUCGGUUGCUAGGCAGAUUAUGUUAAUAUAUGCAAGGCAGCCAUCUCUGCAGCUACCAUUCUGAGGGAAGACCCACUGCAACCUUUUCGAAAAAAUGGUCAAAACUAUCGGGAAAUCCACACCCGAACCUUAAGCGCGGAUUCAGGAUCGUCUUCCAAAAUCGAGACUCAUCAGACCAGGCAACAUUUUUUCAGUCUUCAACUGUCCAAUCUUGGUGUGCUGCUAGUUGAUGAUAGGGGAAGGAGGUGGCCGGGGUCACCUCAGGUCAUUGCCAUGGAUGGAAAACAGCAGACAUCACCUGUGUGGAAUCCAGAAUCUAGCAAUGACACUAGCAAUCCACCUCAGGUGCAUUUUGAGGCUGGUGCAGUUGCCCAAAUUGUAUACAGCGGGGAGCAGUCUGACCGGACUCAGCAGCAGGUCGUAUACACUGCUGAUGGAAACUCGUACACAUCCGUCGAGUCAGCCGAACACACGCUGGUGUACAUUCACCCCGCCGAUGGAACUCAGACUGUGUUCACAGAUCAGCCCCAGGUGGCCUACAUUCAGCAAGAUGGCACAACACAGCAGGUGACCGUGUUGCUACCGAGUGGUCAGAACAUGAACACCGCAAAUCUGCAUGUGUUAAGUAACGUAGCUGACGGCCCACAGGCGAUCUUGGAACCUGUAACACAGAGCCAACUUGCUGUGACUAAUGCGGCUCUUCCGAGCAUAGCGGAGGUGUCGUCCAGUCCCCUGGGUGCCACAGAUUCCACUGUGGAUUCAGAAGAUGAGGAAGACGACAGUGAAGACUCUGAAAUGGACGAUUGGGAACCCAGGACACUUCAGCCGUUCAACCCACAGAACCUCUGGUGUGAAGAUUGCAACAACGCUAAUGCUGCUACAUGUUUAAAACACGGUCCUCUCCAUCCUAUCCUCAACCGGCCUGUGAUGUCCAAGGCCCGAGCCAGUCUUCCUCUCAUCCUGUAUAUUGACCGCUUCCUGGGUGGAGUUUUUACCAAGAGACGAAUCCCCAAACGCACACAGUUUGGACCUGUAGAGGGACCGCUGGUGCGACAGAACCAGCUACAGGACACGUACAUGCAUCUUAAACUAUACAUGUUAAACCCUGAGAAAGAGAGUGAGAGGGCAGAUGACAUCUGGUUCGACCUGUCCAAUGAGGAGCAGUGCAACUGGAUGAUGUUUGUCCGUCCUGCCCAGAACCAUCUGGAGCAGAACCUGGUCGCCUAUCAGUACGGCUCUGACAUUUUUUACGCCAGCAUUAAGAACAUUCAACCUAAACAGGAGCUUAAGGUGUGGUAUGCUGCAUCAUAUGCUGAGUUUGUCAACCAGAAGGUUCAUGAUGUUACAGAAGAGGAGAGGAAAGUGUUACGAGAGCAGGAGAAGAACUGGCCGUGUUAUGAAUGUAACAAACGGUUCAUGAGCUCAGAGCAGCUUCAGCAGCACUUAAACAUGCACGACGAUAAGCUGGAUCUCAUCCAAAGGCCAAAGGGGCGUGGUCGUGGACGAGGAAGAAAACGUUUUGGUGCUGCGAGGCGACCGGGACGUCGCACAAAAUUUAUCUGCCCACAGAUUCCUGUUGAGAGUGCUGACAAAACACAGGAACUGUUGGCGUCUGUAGAUAAACUACCGUAUGAGGAGAGAAUGGAUGGAGCUCUUAAUGGGCUGAAGGUGGUAGAGAUGACUGCUGACCCUGUGGAGGCGGAGACAGCUGAGGAGCUUGAAGCUCCAGCAGCCAAUACUGAGGCUUUAGAAGACGAGGCAGAUCCAGGCACCCCGCCUCCACCCUCAGAGGUCCCAGGGUCUCCGAAAGAUGAUCAGCCCGUAACAGUCCCUGUAGACCCCCACCUGACUCCCCAGGACAUGAGGCGAGCGAGGAGGAUUAGGAAUGCCGCUCUCCAGCAUCUUUUUAUUCGUAAGUCUUUUCGACCGUUUAAAUGUCUCCAGUGCGGGAAAGCGUUCCGGGACAAAGACAAGCUGGAUCAGCACAUGCGAUAUCACGGACGGGACGGCUGCCGUAACGUGUGCCAUCAGUGCGGUAAGGUUUUCCUGACAAGUGCCGCGCUCGAGGAUCACCUGCAGCUGCACUCGGAUCAGCGCACGUACUCUUGCUUGUUCUGUGCCGAGUCUUACGACAGGCUGGACCUGCUCAAAGUGCACGUGAGCGUUCAUCUGGUCAACGGCUGCUUCUCAUGCCCCUCCUGCAAGAAAUCCUUUACAGACUUUAUACAGGUAAAGAAACACGUGAGAAGUUUUCACUCGGAGAAGAUCUUUCAGUGUACAGAUUGUGAUAAGGCUUUCUGCAGACCUGAUAAACUAAGACUCCAUAUGCUCCGCCACUCCGACCGCAAAGAUUUCCUUUGCUCUACCUGUGGCAAGCAGUUUAAGAGGAAGGAUAAGCUGCGGGAGCACAUGCAGAGGAUGCACAACCCGGAGCGCGAGGCAAAGAAGGCGGAUCGAAACCACCGCACCAAAGCUCUGAAACAGAAGGAACCCACCACUGACUUUGAAAGCUUCAUGUUCAAGUGCAGACUCUGCAUGAUGGGCUUCAGAAGACGAGGGAUGCUGGUGAAUCAUCUGUCUAAACGACAUCCUGAGAUGCGAUUGGAGGAGGUGCCUGAGCUGACCCUGCCCAUUAUUAAACCCAACAGAGAUUAUUUCUGCCAGUACUGUGACAAGGUGUAUAAAAGUGCCAGUAAGAGGAAAGCCCACAUCUUGAAGAACCACCCCGGGGCAGAGUUGCCUCCUAGCAUUCGAAAGCUGCGUCCUGCCCUGCCAGGAGAGCCUGACCCCAUGUUGAGCACACACACCCAGCUGACGGGCACCAUCGCCACCGCGCCCGUGUGUUGCCCACACUGUGCCAAGCAAUACAGCAGUAAGACGAAGAUGGUCCAGCACAUUCGUAAGAAACAUCCAGAAUAUCAAUAUAACAGCGGCAGCAUCAUCCCGGCGCCUCUGGCUACUGUCAUCAGCAGCGCACCGGCAGUCAUAACAACAGACGGGAGCACUGCAGAGGCCGUGGUGACGACGGACCUCCUGACGCAGGCCAUGACAGAGCUGUCCCAGACCCUGACUACAGACUACCGCACAGCGCAGGGGGAUUUCCAGAGGAUCCAGUAUAUUCCAGUAUCUCAAGCAGGAGGAGGUUUAGCACAGCCACAGCACAUACAGCUGCAGGUUGUGCAGGUGGCCCCGGCGUCCUCUCCUCACUCUCAGCACUCUACUGUUGAUGUGAGUCAGUUACAUGAUCCACACAGUUACAGUCAGCACUCUAUUCAGGUUCAACACAUACAGGUGACUGAACCCACUGGGACGGCUAAUGCACAGGUAACAGGUCAACCUCUAAGUCCCUCCUCCCAGCAAACUGCUCAGGAGCUUAGUAGCACCCAGCUGACUCCUGUGACCAUGGCCCAGGGCCAGACUCUACAAACAUCUACUAAUCAAACACCAGGAUCCGCACAACACGCCUACCUACCCAGCAACUGGAACUACAGAAGUUAUCCAUCUGAGAUCCAAAUGAUGACUCUUCCUCAUACUCAAUAUGUGAUAGCAGAGGCCAGCACCCCCGUCACUGGUGCCACCAACAGUCAGGUCAAAACGACACAUUAUGUCAUCUCUGAAGGACAGACUGAAUUGGAUGGUAAACAGGUGAACCCAUCCACCUCAACACAGGUUAAUCCUGACUCGCUUGAGCAGUCCAACGUCAGUCAGCAGACCACCACACAGUACAUCAUCACAACCACCACCAAUGGGACAGGAGCAAGUGAAGUUCACAUUACUAAACCCUGAGCGAGAUGAGAAACUAACAGAUUUCUGAUUUCCUUGGGAAAUAGGGAGUAAAUGAACAAAUUGUUCAAUAGUGAAAAAUGUUUUUUUAUUAAAUAAAAACACUGGAGUGGUCAA